AUGAUAAGAAGUACACUCCUUGCCCGACUUGAGGGUAGAAGUUCCUUGAAAGAAAUAGAACCAAAUCUGUUCGCUGAUGAAGAUUCACCUGGGCAUGGUUAUAUUCUUGAAUUUCACGGUCCAGAAGGAACAGGAAAAACAGAAAUGCUUUAUCAUUUAACAGCACGAUGUAUACUUCCAAAAUCGGAAGGUGGACUGGAAGUAGAAGUCUUAUUUAUUGAUACAGAUUACCAUUUUGAUAUGCUUCGGCUUGUUACAAUUCUUGAGCAUAGACUAUCCCAAAGCUCUGAAGAAAUAAUAAAAUACUGCCUUGGAAGACUUUUUUUGGUAUAUUGCAAUAGUAGUACCCACUUACUUCUUACACUGUAUUCACUAGAAACCUUGUUUUGUAGUCACCCCUGUCUCUGCCUUUUGAUUUUGGAUAGCCUGUCAGCUUUUUACUGGAUAGACCGUGUCAAUGGAGGAGAGAGUGUUAACUUACAGGAGGCUACUCUGAAGAAAUGUUCUCAGUUCUUAGAGAAACUUGUAAAUGAGUAUCGCUUGGUUCUUGUUGCAACAACACAAACUAUAAUGCAAAAAACCUCAGACUCACCAGAAGGGCCUUCUGCCUAUAAACGCCUGUGUGAUGUGGAUGUAGACUACAGACCCUAUCUCUGUAAGACGUGGCAGCAAGUGGUAAAACACAGAAUAUUUUUCUCCAAACAAGAUGAUUCUAAAAGCAGCAACCAAUUUUCAUUAGUUUCACGUCGUUUAAAAAGUAACAGUUCAAAAAAACUUUUUUUUACUAUUGGAGAAAGUGGGGUUGAAUUUUAUUGAUAUACAUCAUAAAAUAGUCCUUUGCAAGAUAUUAUGCAAGUCUUAAAAAUUUUUUUCAGACAGGGUCUUACUCUGUCACCCUGGCUAGAGUGCAGUGUCAUCAUCAUAGCUCACUGCAACCU